UCCAAGAACUAAUGAACUCCCUUGGGGAGGGGAAAGCAAGUCGACCAGGAGCUGGUGUAGCGAUCCAUAGUUUGCCUUGGUUGUCCCCUCCCAGGCAGCAGCAGGACCAAGGGUUUGCAGAGCACCCUGGCAGGACCAUGACACACACACACGGGGGGCACAGCGGACAACCUUUCACCAAGGGCAAAAAGUAGCUUCCCCGCCCAGGCGCUGAACGCACCAGCAGCUGCAGCGGCCGGGGGCAGAGGAGAAGGGAGGCGAUGGCUGUGCAAGCUGCUAUCCUCAACCCCCAUCACUUCAUCCCCUUCUGCUUCCCUGCCUCCGGGGGCCUGGCGGACUAUGCUGACCUUGAGAAGAGCUACGAGGACGGGGCAGCCGCUCUCCUGGGAGAAGGAGGAGGAGUGGGGGGAGGAGAAGACCCAGGGGAUUUAAAAGAAGCCACCAGGGACCUGCUGAGCUUCAUCGACUCGGCGUCCAGCAACAUCAAGCUGGCCCUGGACAAGCCGGUCAAGUCCAAGAGGAAAGUGAACCACAGGAAGUACCUGCAGAAGCAGAUCAAGCGCUGCACGGGCAUCAUCGCCCCCGCCCCGGCAGCGCCAGCCCCGGCCGGGGGCCAGGAGCUGCCCAAGCGGCCGGCCCCGCCGGCAGGGGCCGCCUCGCCCCAGCCCUCCUGCCCGCCCGGCCCCGCCGGCCACGGCAAGCCCCCUGCCAAGCGGGAGGCCUCGCAGGCGGCCAGCAGCCUGCAGAGCAAGAGCCUGGCCGCCCUCUUCGACUCCCUGCACCAGGGCCGGGCUGGCGAGAAGGGCCCGGCCGCCGGCGGGGGCGGCGGCGGGGGCAGCGGCGGGGGCGGCCCCCGCAAGGUGCCGCUGCGGAACCGCAACCUGCCCCCUUCGUUCUUCACCGAGCCGGCCGCGCCGCCGCCCCGCGCCCCGCCGCUCAGCGCCAGCCCCAAGGCGCCGGAGCCGGGUGGCGGCAGCCCGGAGGCGGCGGAGUUCUUCGAGCUGCUGGGGCCCGACUACGGCGGCCUCCUCCCGGAGCAGCCCCCCGCGCACGAGGGCUUCCCGGCCCGGCUGCCCCCGGAGCUGGGCAUGGAGCCCGCCCUGUACGAGCCCCACCUCCCGCCGCUGCCCCCGCACCUGCUCGGGGGGCUGCUCUACCCCGAGCCCGCCUGGAGCCCCCCCGCCAAGAAGAGCUCCCCGGCGGCGGCUCCCUGCAGCAGCCUGAGCCUGCCCGAGACCUUGCGGCCCCUGCCUGCCAUGGGGGCCCCAGGAGCGCCCAUCUACCCGGCCAGCUCGGACCCGGCCCCCGCGGGCGGCGAGGAGAGCCCAGCCCAGCUGGCCGCCGCCUUUGCUCCCUACUUCCCCGACUGCCCCCUCCCGCCGCCUCCUCCCAUGCCUUAUGAGUACAGCGCCGGGUACAACAGGGUGGCCUAUUCGGGCCUCUAGGGGAGGCUCGGGAUGGAAGGCUGGGCUGGCAAAAAGCCGAGAUCACUUUAAUUCCCCCUCCCUUUACACUGUUUGAUUUAGGACAAUAAACUCAGAAAAAAAAAAACGGGAGGGGAGGAGGGGGGCGCUGUGGAAUGGGGAUCACACCCACUUAGCCCUUAAUCCUGGGGCUGGGUUAUAGCUGAUAAUUGAUAAUCUGAUGGGUUUCCUUCCAUAGCUGGAGUUUUUUGGUUUGGUUACUAGUCCGGAUUCUUCUCUCCUAUACACCAAUGUAACUCCAUUGACUUCAAUACAGUCAAGGGCCUGAUCCAAAGCCAACUGAAGUCAAUGGGUUGACUUUUCACUAACUUCAGGGGGCUUUGGUCCAGACACUACUGGCACAGAGAAAAAGGUCAAGCUUUCUUUAGCUGCAAUAAAUUUAGGGCCAGAUUUUGCCAUAGAGCAUAAUAUCUUACUCUGCUAGUAGUCCCACUGAGAAUAACACAACUGUUUCAUAAGAGUGGCAGAAUCUGGUCUUUAGGGUUUUAUUUGCCUUCACAUUCUGAACAGUCUCCCCUCUCCUUGUUCGGAUUCUAUCACUGCACAUAAUAAAAAUGUAAACUAUUUUAUUCUUUCAGGUGUUUUAUAGUGCACAGUAACUACAUGUUGUUAGCAUUAUUUGAGAUACGUUUUUAUUUUACUGUAGGCAAAUACAGUUGAUUUACAUUUCUUAUGUUACAUUGCAACGGGGGCUGCUUUUUCUUUAAAGCAGCCGUGACCAAUUGUGAGUGACUUGAGUUUAAAAGUAAAACUCAGUCAGCUCUUACAGUGUAUUUAAAAUCUUGAUCCACACUUGUGUGCGUCAUAAGUGCUGGCAGAUUUUCAACAGAGGACACAAACAAGUGCAAAAAUAAUUUAAAAAAGUCAAGAAAACAACAAAAAUAACUAUAAAUGCUGUUACCAAAUCUUAGUGUCCUGAAAUUCAACAAUGUGUUGCAGAAUAUUGCAAACAGCAAUACUAUAAUAAAUAAGUUAAUUGAUGGCAUAAUGUUCUGGACAAAAUGUACUGUAGCAACGUGAUUCCCACAAACUGUGUUGGAUUUCUUUCAGGAAUGUGUCAAAGCAUUGAAAGUGACAGAUCCGUUCUAUUGUGUACAGGAGAUUAUUUGAUAAUCAUUUAAAUUAUGUAAAAGAGUCUAUGAUGAGUCCUAUAAAAAUAAAGCUGCACAAUAGCUUAAAGACCUGUGGCUGUUACUACUGUUGGAACGAAAUACACUAGAGUCUCUCCCACAUCUUCAUUUUUGGUAAAGUUCAUUCACUAGAUUUGGCUGGCAGAAUUUAAGACAGUCUAGUGGUCACUUUUCUCUUUCCUAAAUCCUCUGAAAUGCUGUACUUUACCCUCAACAACCUAUUCCUGUUUUGUGUUCUCUAUUGAGUGUUUCAGUAAGAUACUGGAAUGACAGGAAUUGUAGCAAAUUAUUAUAAAGCCAAGGGAUCAACAUACUUACUUUCAGGAAACUAGUUCAACAGACUGUUAAGUUUCCUUUUGGGGAGUUGGUUGGGAUGCCUAUCUUAAAAGGCAGCUCUGGAUUUUGGCUUUGGGCCAGUUAGAAUUGGAUUGUUUGUUUUUAAAAUGGGAGUCAGAUGGACAAGAAGUGUGAGGUAUGGUGGACCAAAUAGUACUCCCAGGGAUGGCAAAUCAUUCUAACCUAUGAUAUUGAAGGGAAUUAAGAAUAAAAUGCCUCUUUCAUUAACAAGUGCAAAUACCGUUUUUAACAGAGAUUUAUGGUUAAGAACAUUAAGAUGUAUGGAAGGGGAAGUGUGACUUUAAAUAACACUUUGGAAAUAAACGAUUAGUCUUUCAUCUAACUGUUUCAGUAAUGGGCUUAAUUUUACUUUUAAACAACAAAAAUAAUAGCUUAUAUUUAUACAGCACCUUUCAUCCAAAAAGAUCCCCAAGUGAUUUACAAAUAACCUACCCAUGUAUACAGGAAUCACUUCACUGAAAAGCAGGCACACUGGGCUGAUAUGAGGCAUCUGUUUAAUAACUGCACAGUGCUGUAUUGUACACUGUAAAUUCAAUGCACUUUUAAAAUAUUGAUUUUACAAUAGUUUAUUUCACUAAGCUUAAAAGAAUGUAUAAAAAACAAUGGACAGCCAGUCCAGCCUAUGUAGAUAAAUAAGAGAACCCUGACUCCUUGGUCAAUUAUAGUACAGAGUAGUAUCAUACUAUGUUUGCUCAAUUCUGUAGCCUUUACUUAGGCAAAUCUACUGAAAAGUCUGGGAGUUUUGCUUUUUUCAGAGUGCAGCGUCAGAGCCAGUGUAACAUCAUGUAGUUACAUUUUAGAUUGUCAGGACAAGGUUGAUUUCAAUCCCAUUUGAGUUGGUAAAUUUUCUACGGUCUGGUAAUGGUUUUGUUCUAUUCUCUGUAUGUGAUUUUGUAGCAGUUUUGGACCAUUAUGUUUCCUCUUGGGACACUUCAGAUCUAAUGGCCUUGCACUGAUAUAUUUAGCAUAAUAUUACUUUGUCAUUGAACUUUCUGACUUGAGGCAUGAUCCUGAAUCCUUUGCACACUCAACACUCCCAGUGAUUUAAGGGAAAUUUUGGGUGUACAAGGGAGGGUUGGCCCAUUGACUUUAAUACAUUAAUAAGGGGUAUGUUUUCACCUGAACUUUUUAUUGAGCAAUUUUAUUUGUCUCUCAGGCUGCUGAAACCCUGCAUAUGAAAAUUUAUAAUCACUGGAAUCCUUAUACUAUUUCAGGCAAAAUUCCCACUGACUUCAAUGGGAGUUUUGCUCAAAUAAGGACUAACUGAGGUCUUCAGGAAUGGACUUUGGAAGAGAAGAAUUACAAUAUACCAGUUAAAAGAAAAGGAGUACUUGUGGCACCUUAGAGACUAACAAAUUUAUUUGAGCAUAAGCUUUCAUGGGCUACAGCCCACUUCAUUGGAUGUGUUGAAUGGAACAUAUAGUAAGAAGAUUAUAUAUAUAUAUACAUACAGAAAAUCAUGAAAAGGUGGGAGUUGUCAUACAAACUGUAAGAGGCUAAUUAAUUAAGAUGAGCUAUUAUCAGCAGGAGAAAAAACUUUUGUAGUGAUAAUCAAGAUGGCCCAUUUAGACAGUUGACAAGAAGGUGUGAGGAUACUUAACAUGGUGAAAUAGAUUCAAUAUGUGUAAUGACUCAGCCACUCCCAGUCUCAAUUCAAACCCAAGUUAAUGGUAUCUAGUUUGCAUAUUAAUUCAAACUCAGCAGUUUCUCAUUGGAGUCUGUUUUUGAAGCUUUUCUGUUGCAAAAUUGCCACCCUUAAGUCUGUUACUGAGUGGCCAGAGAGGUUGAGAAGGUACUGACUCAUUCUCCAUUGCCCUGCACCUUGUGUAGGCAUUGACAUCUGUUCAAAGAGGGUGUAAAAUGCUGACUUUGUAGCAUUUUACACUCAUUUUGCACUCUGCCCUUGUGUAAAUGACUAAACAAAAUGCAGGGAGAUAGAAAAUCAGUCUCAUUGGGUCUGAUGCUCCUCUCACAUCAGUGUGAGAAGCAACUCUGUUGAAAUGAGUGGAGUUACGAGUUAUGCUGGUAUAAAACCAAUGUAGCAGCCUGAUCUUACUUCUACUGAGGUUAUAAAAGGACUCUUUCUGUUGACUUCAGCAAGAGUUGGAUCAGGCUCACUGAACCAAAGCUAGAAACGCUUUUCUCACCUUUUACUCAGUCCAUACUCAGGCAAAACUCCCAUUGCCUUAAAUGAGAAUCUUACUUAAGAACUUCGGGAUUUGGCCCACUGAAUAUAUUUUAAAAUUAGUGUUCACUUACAGUGCUAAUAUAUUUCUGGUAUAGAAGUAUUUUAGAGGUAAUCUGCACAACAGUUAUUGCAAAGCAAACUGAGUGUCUGACAACACUAAAGCAGCUAACAAUGGUUGAGUUGAUCUAAACAAUUGUUUCCCCCUGACAAAAACCAAACAAAGGACUUCUAUGCAACUUUAAAAAAAAGAAUUGUGUGCCACACUGCAUGCCUUGAAGUGAAGGUGAUUGGAUCAUUUCCAGAUUGAAUAGCGCCACCUACUGCAGCUGAAAGGCUGUGUUAUGUUCUCUGCGUUUUGUGUGGGCUUUUAUUUUUGCAGGUUUGCACAAGCUUAAUAAUAUAGUCAUAAUGUAAAUACCAUACAGAAGCCCCAUUUACACUUAAAUACUGUUGGGAAAUUACUAUAACUAUUUAAAAGCCCAAUAUUGAGUGUUGGUCCAAAUAAAAUUUUUUAUAACUGAACAGGG